CUCUGUCUCAGCAAGUUAAAGCUGUCAAUAGUGAGAACACACAUACAGUGGUGUCCCGAGGAAGGUGCGGGGGGUGCGGUCCGCACCGGGUGACACCGAUCGCAAGGGGUGACACCGGACCCGCUCCACAAAAAGGUAAGUUGUAAAGAAAGCCGACGAUCCCCGCAGGAUGGAUCGGAUCUGCGGAUUGGGGAGCAUAAUGGAUCAGAGUCCAAUCAAUUAUGCUCAUUCCGCAGAUCCGAUCCAUCCUGCGGGGAUCGUCGGAGGGGGUGUCACCAAGUGUUACUGCACCGGGUGACACCAACCCUAG